GUAGUAAAGUAUGUAAGUGCAAAGAAGUACUAAAAUCGCCUAUAAGAAGAGAUACAGAGCGGAAAAGCACAAAAGAAGAAAAAGAAGAAGAAGAGGAGGUAGAGCCCCCGCACCGCACCGUAACAACAACGUUCGCCUCGUUCCUCCAGGAGCUCAUUCACGUUCCUCCCGCGUUCCCUCCACCUCCACCACUUCCACCACCAUGCCCAGGGGAAGAGGACGAUUCAAGGGUGGCAAGCGCCACUUCACCAACUUUGAAGCAAUGGAGGAGCAGAAGAAGAAAGAGGAAAAGGAGCGCCAGUGGAGGAAAGAGCAAGGAGAAACUGACAGUGAAGAGGAUGAUGAUGAAAAAUCUAAAUCUGGGAGCGAGUCCUCAGAGGAGAGCAGUAGUGAGGAGGAGGAGGUGAAGGAACAGAAGGCUAAGGGUGUUGGAGGCUUGAUAGAGUGUGAAAAUCCAAACCGUGUUGCUAACAAGCCUAAGAAAGUAUCUUCACUCAGCACUACUCCUGCCUCUGGCACUGGCACAGGAACCGGCACUGGCACCGGCACUGGCACUGGCACCGGCACCAGCGCCAGUGCUGGUGCUGCAAAGCCACAGUUGUCUCGCCGAGAAAGAGAAGAGAUACAGAAACAGAGGGCCACUGCCCACUACAGGAAGAUGCAUUCUGAGGGCAAGACAGACGAGGCUCGAGCUGACCUGGCACGCUUGGCAAUCAUUCGGCAGCAGCGUGAAGAGGCAGCUAAGAAGCGAGAGGAGGAGAAGCAAGCAAGGGAAGCUGCAGCAACAGCGAAGAGGGAACAAAUUGCCAAAGCCCUCAAUAAAAAGAAAAGCUGAUCGUACAUCAUACAUAGACAUGUGAACAUGACACCUGCAAUAUUCAUGCCACUUGGUUCUAGGCUGGAGGCAUAAGUAGAGCGCUUAUCAAAGACAUCUGUUACGAUUGACGGAAAAAUAUGUACGUGUUCAAUUAGACAGCAACAGUAACUGAUUAGGGGCUGAUCCUUCAUCAUGCUUGGCUUGUGAAAUAAAAAUUAUUGCAUCAAUUUUGCUCUUACAAACUCUGCCUAGAGCCAGUGGGCUUCACAAACAGAACUAUCAUUAAAAUAUAAAAUAAAUUAACGUUUUGAAGUUUAUGAAAAAUUUAUUUACCCUGAGUGCAUUAUAUUAACAGUAUGAAAAAUUAUGAUUUUGGUUUUAUAAAUUGUUGUGAUGUUUUGUUUAUCCAUAAGGAAUGAACAGAAAUGGUGACAUAUAUGCCAGAAAUAUCUACAGUGAUUUGCAGGCAUGGCUAAAGAAAGUACAAGUUUUAUUUAAAGUAUGGACCAUUACUGUACUUUACUUAGCUAUUAUUUUUAAUACAAAGUGACAUGAAACUCUUUGUACCUUUGCCAUUACUGUACUUCAUUUAAACUUUUUACUCUGAAUUAAAGUAGCAUGCAACUAAACUUUUAGCCCAGUUCCUUAAUCACAUAUUUUUUGUAUAUUUAUAAUACACAGUUUUAUCUUUUAAGACUUGAAAUUCAUAUCCAUAUUAACAUUAAGUUUAAAUUUUCAUUCUAUCAGCAUAUCAUCAUUAAUAGAAGCAAGCUUUGUUUGGAUUUUUCUCACCAUACAAUAUCAUCAUAUCUGAUAAUUGCAUGUUUGAACAGGCUUUUGAUUUGUUCCAGUUUUAUUAUAUGUGCACCGAGGCCAUGCACAGCUGUUGUGUACGCCCCCAAAUUUACUUCAGUUAUUGUCUAUAUAAUCUCACCUCAACCUAGAGCCAUUUGUUUGAAAAUAUCAUGAAAUUAGGAAGAAAAACAUGAUCCAAUUAUGAAUAUCAGUUUCAGUUCACUAUGCCAGGAUUACAGGUUAAAUUACCUUGUCAUAAAUGUUUGUAAUAUUUAUGUAAUUUUAUUUUCAAUUUAAUAAAAGUGUCUUGUAAAAAUA